CACUGUUCCUUACAGCUGUUCAAAUCUAAAGCAAACAAGCUGCAUCCAAAGUUCAAUUUAGUCUAUCACCAUAAUAUUAAAGGUUUAAAAUUAAAAUUUUAAGAGUUUCUCUAUUAAAUAUAAAGUCAAGAAAUAAAAAAGAUUAACUCACUACAAUUGAUUGUCCUUGUCCUCCAUUUGUGUUCUGUUAAUGACAAAAUGGCUUUGAUUCCCGCCGUAACACGCCUCAGCUCCUCCGUAAUCCGGAUUUUGGGAUGCAAUCCCAGUCCGAUGACCCUCCAAGGAACCAACACAUACCUUCUAGGAAGUGGAAACCGACGAAUCCUGAUCGACACUGGCGACGAAGACGUGCCUCAGUAUAUUGAGCAUCUGAACGACGUAUUAAAGCAGGAAAAGGCCUCCAUCGACACCAUCCUGCUGACCCACUGGCACCACGAUCAUGUUGGCGGAGUGAAGAGCAUCUUGGGCACAGCUUUGGCUCACAACGAUUGCCGGGUGUUUAAGUAUGGACGAACCGAUGCCCCCGACGUGUGUCCCGAAAUCCCGUCGCACAUCAAACUCCACCCACUGGCCCACAACCAGGAGUUUGCCACCGAGGGAGCAAAAGUGAAGGUAGUGCAUACCCCCGGACACACCACUGAUCACGUAGUGCUGGCCAUGAGCGAGGGCACGCUCUUCAGCGGCGACUGUAUCCUGGGCGAGGGCACUGCCGUUUUCGAGGAUCUUUUCGAGUACAUGAAGAGUCUGGAGAAGAUACUGGAUAUCAAACCGCAGAGGAUUUUCCCAGGCCACGGGAAUGUCAUCGAAGAACCGAUCGGCAAGAUCGAGUACUACAUCAAUCAUCGCAACCAGCGAGAGGCACAAAUACUGCAAUACUUUGUCCAGCGUCCCAAAGAUCGGUGGCAAGCGAUGGACGUUGUUCGGGAGGUGUACAAAGAAACCCCCGAAAACCUAUGGCCGGCAGCCGCUUACAAUGUAGACCACCACCUCAGUAAGUUGGCCAAGGAGGGAAAACUAAACUUGAUUGAUUCGGAAAACGAGAAGUUUUAUUCAUACCGUGCAACCAGUGCCCUUUGAGAGCUGUUGGUCUUCCAGAAAAUCUGUUAAAUGGUAGCUAAGGAUAACAAUACUCGUUUUUGUAAAUCGUUAACAAAAUGAUAUUUUAAUAGCUCGUACCAUUUGUUUACAGUCUAUUAACUGAAAAUUCAGUUUUUAUAAAGGUAUAUAUUCUUAAAAAAAAAAAUUUGUACAAGAUUAAAUCUACAAUUCAAUUUUGUUAUUUAAAUAUACGUUUUCUACAUUUAGAACCUCAAUAUUGGAUUAUAAAGAACUGGAAUCUGGAAGA